CAUACCAAAUGGAUGUCGAUUCGCGCAUGAUGAAGAAGGUACCUGAUGGAUAUUACAAUCAGGAUUACCGGAUGAUGCCAUUGCGCAGACGACGAUCUUCCCGGGAAAAUUCGGAUGAUUACAAGGCAAAACGUGUACGGAGACAGAAUGACUCCAACUGUACAAUGAGCCUCCGUGGAACUCUCCUUUCUUACAAUGUCUGUAUAUUGGUUAUUGGCUGUGCUUCGCUUGGCGUGGGGGUAUGGCUUCUUGUCACCGACUUCGGCGCGAGGAAAGUCACCCCUAUUGUGGAUAACCAGCUGUAUGAAGUGACGACAUACCUCCUCAUCGCCGGGGGUGGGGCUGUAGCCCUCCUAGCCUUCUGUGGGUGCUGCGGCACAAUACGAGAAGAUAAAUGUGUUUUGUCAUUUUAUGGCACAACGUUAGCUAUAGUAUUAAUAAUACUGGGCGUGGCGUCAGGCUUGUCGUUUUUCUUCCGGGGCGCACUUGCUUCUCACAUAAAGUCCCGUAUGCGCGACACGUUAACGGAAAAGUACGGCGUAGGUACACGAACGUUACCUGAACACAAGCGCAUCACGGAGGCGUGGGACUCCAUGCAGCGACAGCUCGGCUGCUGUGGCAUCUCUGGCGACAGCACUUCAACCGAUUCCUGGGCAUUCUAUUCCACUAACACUUUGUGGUAUAUUGAGAUGCAGAAUGACCGUAAGAAGCUCCAGAUGGUGCCGGACAGCUGCUGCCGGGAAGGGGACAAGGCCAUCUGCACGGGACAAACCUACUUCCCCGGACCCCCCAACCAUCUCAACCCUCAGAAGGAGAGGUUCAAAAAGAUAAACCACCUCUACACCACAGGCUGUUAUGACCAGCUGAUGGUUUAUUUGUUGACGUAUUCCGCCGUUGCUGGCAUAGUUUCUGCAAUCGUGCCGAUCUUUUUGAUCUUUGGUAUCAUAAUGUCAUUCUGUCUGUGCGUUAAGAGUAAGUGA